CCGCUGCUUCUUCCCGCCAGUGUCCUGGUUCUUUUUCAAAUCUUUUCAUGUCCCGCCUCAACUUCUGGGCCUCACAACUCCUCCUCCACGAGGCGGACAGCCCUUCUUCGCCUCAUGCACGCCCACCUAGGCGAGACCAGUAGAAGAAUAUCCCACCCGGGAAUCCCCCCACCCCCUUCUGGGAUCUGGCCGGCGCUUCCGCCUCCGGGGCGGAGACUCCUCCCUCUCCCCUCCCCGUCCCAAUUGUAGUCCCUGGAACAGCAGCCAGAGAAGCCUGUGCUUGCUCCGAUCGGGGUAGAGGCAAGCUGGUUCCUCCCCGCUGUCGACUUCCUGCGCCCUAGGAAUCGCGGUGAGGCUGGCACAGCGGCACCGAGGCCGCGAGCACCACCUGGGCCCGGCUGUGCGGCGCGGGCGCGGCUUCAGCACCACGGACAGCACCCGCCCGCGGCUCCGGCUGGUGCUAUGCGGGCGGCAUGUCCCGGCGCUGCAGCCCCAUGGCGCUGCUCCUCAGCUUGGGCCUCCUCGGGCUGCUCCUAGGAGUGUGGGGUACAGACACAGAGGAGCGACUGGUGGAGCAUCUCCUGGAUCCCGCCCGCUACAACAAACUCAUCCGCCCAGCCACCAAUGGCUCUGAGCUGGUGACAGUGCAGCUCAUGGUGUCACUGGCCCAGCUCAUCAGUGUGCAUGAGCGGGAGCAGAUCAUGACCACCAAUGUUUGGCUGACCCAGGAGUGGGAGGAUUAUCGCCUCACCUGGAAGCCUGAGGAGUUUGACAAUAUGAAGAAGGUUCGACUCCCUUCCAAACACAUCUGGCUCCCAGAUGUGGUCCUGUACAACAAUGCCGAUGGCAUGUACGAGGUGUCCUUCUACUCCAACGCGGUGGUCUCCUACGACGGCAGUAUCUUCUGGCUGCCACCUGCCAUCUACAAGAGCGCCUGCAAGAUCGAAGUAAAGCACUUCCCGUUCGACCAGCAGAACUGCACCAUGAAGUUCCGCUCCUGGACUUACGACCGCACGGAGAUCGACCUGGUGCUCAAGAGUGACGUGGCCAGCCUGGACGACUUCACGCCCAGCGGGGAGUGGGACAUCGUGGCGCUGCCGGGCCGGCGCAACGAGCACCCCGACGACUCCACCUACGUGGACAUCACCUAUGACUUCAUCAUCCGCCGCAAGCCGCUCUUCUACACCAUCAACCUCAUCAUCCCCUGCGUGCUCAUCACCUCGCUGGCCAUCCUCGUCUUCUACCUGCCGUCGGACUGUGGCGAGAAGAUGACGCUGUGCAUCUCUGUGCUGCUGGCGCUCACGGUCUUCCUGCUGCUCAUCUCCAAGAUUGUGCCGCCCACCUCACUCGACGUGCCCCUCGUUGGCAAGUACCUCAUGUUCACCAUGGUGCUGGUCACCUUCUCCAUCGUCACCAGCGUGUGCGUGCUCAAUGUGCACCACCGCUCGCCCACCACGCACACCAUGGCGCCCUGGGUCAAGGUCGUGUUCCUGGAGAAGCUGCCCACGCUGCUCUUCAUGCAGCAGCCGCGCCACCACUGCGCCCGCCAGCGCCUGCGCCUGAGGCGGCGGCAGCGUGAGCGCCAGGGCGCCGGGGCCCUGUUCUUCCGCGAGGCACCCGGGGCCGACUCCUGCACCUGUUUUGUCAACCGCGCCUCCGUGCAGGGCUUGGCCGGGGCCUUCGGGGCAGAGCCUGCAGCGGCGAGCGGUCAGGGGCGCCCUGGAGGACCCUGCGGCUGCGGCCUCCGUGAGGCGGUGGAUGGCGUGCGCUUCAUCGCAGACCACAUGCGGAGCGAGGACGACGACCAGAGUGUGAGUGAGGACUGGAAGUACGUCGCCAUGGUAAUCGACCGCCUGUUCCUCUGGAUCUUUGUCUUUGUCUGUGUCUUCGGCACCAUUGGCAUGUUCCUGCAGCCUCUUUUCCAGAACUACACCGCCACCACCUUCCUCCACCCGGACCAUGCAGCUCCCAGCUCUAAGUGAGACCUGGCUCACUUCCACCCUCCGGCACCCCUCUGCCCCUGUCGUACAGUAGUGUCGGGUGGAGGAUGGACAAGCAAGCUUCCAGGAAGAGGGGUGCUGCCCUCACAGAUCCGUCCUCUUGCUUCACCUCCCCCACACCUCCAUCCACACAGCCUGGAGGAAAGGGCCAGCUCACAGCGUUUGGCUGCUUUCCUCUCCUUUUGCCAACCAGACAAUGGUGGUGGUGGAGGAAAACGAAGGCUACGAGGUGGGGACAGAAAUGUUGGAGCUUCCCACCCCAAGCAGGUUGAUCGAAAGAGGCCCAGAAAGGACAGAAGGACUCAAGGCCUCCACGUCAUGGGAGAAUGGAGUGUCAGGGAGGGGAAGAGGGAGAGGAGCUCAAACUCUAUGCUGGCCUGGCUGACACAAGGGGUAGAGCAGAGGAGAGGAGCUGGAUGUGACCUGGCUUCCACUCCACCUCAUUGGGCCACAGCUCACAGUGAUAGCGGGUCCUGCCAGAGGGCCUAGCCUGGACCCGCAGCCCAACUCCUAGAGAGGCUUCCGGCUCGGUCCCACAGCGCUGUGCCUCUGAGGGGUGCAGAGCACAGCCCGGGUCCCUUCUGCCCGAUGAUGAGUUCUGUGCAUCCCGACUUCCCUCUCGUCCCUUUUUCACUCUGGCUCAGGGAGUGGUGGGCAAGGCUGGCUCUCUGAGUUCUGUGCCUCUAAGUGACCCACUUGGGGUCUGAGGCCCAAAUACUGAACUGUGUGAAAAGUGCAAGUUCGCAGCCCGUAGGAGCUGGAAGAACGUUUUGCAGUCAUGGAUUCCAGCAGGAGCCGUGUUCAAAUGAAGAAACACCCAACUGAGCGGUGGGUUAGUGCGGAGUACUUACAUAACAAGGACACAGGCCCAGAAGGUGCCACAAGGCUGAACAGCUCAGACACUUCCUCCCCACCCUGAGGACCAUCUAUCUGUGCAGUGCCCUUUCCCCCACUUUGAACUGACUGGCUGCUGGAAGGACAGCGAGUGAGGAUGUCAGCUUCAGGCAGACCUGGCCUUUCUGUCCACAACAGAGUUGGGCUGGGCAGUGGGGCCUAGCAGAACAGGGGACAUGUCGCCAGGACUUGGGGCAUCUGCAUUGCUCAUGCCUCCCUCCCCAACUAAACCUGAGCAGGUUGGAAUCGGACCUCAGGUGACGUCUGCUGCCACCAGUGACUUCCCGGGAAGCAGCACUUCAGCUGUCUAUCCUGGGGCCCUGCAGGCAGCUCCCAGGGACCCACCAGAGGCCCCUUGGCUGGUAAGCCCAGGACACAGACUGUUAGGGUUCUGCCCACCAUAUGCCUGGUGCUCUCAGAGGGAGCAGUCAACCAGGUGUACCCAGGAGAUCUGACCCGACACAGGCUGUCCUGUGUCCUGAGCCCGGAGGGGACUGCUGCUUCUCCAAGCACAGGGGACGUGGGAGACCAUGCUGACAGGCAGAGGAGAACACCGUGCGGGCAAAGAGCAUUGGACGAGUCCUGGAGGCCGGGUUCCAGGCCCAGUUCUGCUACUGUCUCAUUAAGCCAGUCAAGUCUGGCUAGGCCUCAGCCUCCUCGUUUAUAAAACAGGGAGAGGCAUGUGCCCUCCCUGGGGCUGCAGUGAGGCUGAAGGAUGCUUGUGAAAGUCUAUCGCUGUACCUUCCACAGAGUAGUUGCUUCAUGAAUGUUGAGGUUGAGAGGCCAUCAGAACCCACGGUAUGGGGCCGCCUGGCUGGUGUGCCACCUCCUCUGCAGGCCGCAUUACCCCCUCUCUUCCCUGAGCAAGCUGUCUGCCAAACAGGGGCCCAGCACAGGGCAUCCCUAGUGGGUCUGCGGGGCCGGGCUUCCCUCCUGGCGGCCCUUGCGCUGGCCCUGCCUCCCCCUGGCACAGGGGCGUGCUGGGGUGGGAGAUCUAGACCUGGCUGUGGAAUGGCAGCUCAGCGCUUCCCCAGUGCUGAGUGGACACGCGGGCAUUUCUUCCUGGUGGCGGGGAGUGUCCCUGCACCACGGAGAUGCCCUCUUCUAGAGCCGAGUUGAGGAGUGCCUGGAUCAUGUGUAGGCCUACUGCUAGCUCAGAGUCCGGGGAAUGGCUGGAACUGGCAAUAGCAACCAGAAGGGAAGUCUGUCUCUGAAGGGGACUGCUGGCUGGGGGCCCCAUCAGCUGCUUUUACCACCACCCACUAGUGGCUGUUGUCCAAGUUUGUCACCAGGAGGCGCUAGAGGAGACGUUAGAGAGCAGUGUGUCCAACUUCUGUGUCUCAUUUAACACACAGGGAAACUGAGGCGUUUAUGUGCCCCUGAGCAUGCUGUUCUGCGUCCGUUCGGUGGGAAUGACAGUGGGCAGGGGUACAGCAGGGAAGGAGUAGGGGCGAUGGAGAAAGGUUACUGGGCAGCCUCCUUCCAUUCGAGUACAGCCCUUUGGGGACUACCACAGUACAGAGGAAGGCCAGCACGCGUAGGAGGUAGGCGCCAGUGCGUGCGCACCGGGAAGCUUUGGAGAACCGCAGUCCCACUUUUGGGUUCUACGUUCUCCUUUGUGAUGUCAGGGAGGCCCUUUGCCUCCUUCCCAAGGUGGGGCUGGCUCUGGACAGACAGUGCCGGGCUGAAGGUGGCUCCAGAUACGAAGAGGGAGGAGAGAAACUGGCUGGAAAUCUGGCCCCGGGGCCUGGGAGGGGACAGUGCGGAGAGGACUUAUCAUCAGAGAUGGCGAGAGUAGUUAUUUGAUAGCCAUCUUUGAAAAGAUGGCACACACAGCUUUCUGGCUGUGCUUUUGAGAGCUGGCACCACAGCUUGAGGGGGGCAGCUUCCUGGCAGUGAGGCAGCACCCCAACCCCUUCAAUGUGUGCUCUGCAAGGAAGGCUCUCCACAAAAGGGCAGAACCACUUCCCCCGGGACACAGGACGAUCUGGGGGCUCUGGCCCUUGGCCAGUUUUUGGCCUCUCCAAACCCCAGGAUUUGCUGCCAUGUCCUGAGCGUGUGCUCUGUGCCGUCUUCUCCGAGGCAUGGUUUUCCUUCCUCACCACAGCCCUUGCGGGGAGGGGCCAGGUGACAGCGGGUGAAUAGUGCUGCGCUUAGAGCCCAAGGCUGCCCCAAAGUGUGGGCUCUCACUGUGACCUUCGGGACAGGCAGGAAGAGAACUCUUACAGAGGAAAGUAAGGGGCAUCUGGGGCCUGUCUGCAUCAUUCCCAGGCCACAGUGACUCAGUCCAGGCAGAAGCAGGCUGGUGUCUUACCACCCCUCACAGCCCAGGCAGUGCUGGCUGCCUCCCCUCACUGGCCCUAACCAGACAGAAUGGGCAAGCCCCCUUCCAGUAGUUAUCCCGGCAGGUCUAAGGAGUCCUCAUGAUAGUCACAGUGUCCCUAAGGGACCAUCGCUCUAGGAAUCAGUAGGACACCUCACUUACACACCCUCGGUGCUGGUCUCCUCACACUGCCCUUGGCCUCCCGUCUGCACUCCAAGACUAGCACCACGGGACUAGCCACUCCAGCUGGACUCACUAGGAACUCAAGGUUCUCUUAAGAAAAUUGUUUCCAAAGAUGUUGUCAUGCUGUUGUAUUGGGGGGAUACGUGGUGGUGGGGCAGGGAUUCUCAUGGGCCAGUGUUGGCAAACGGGGUAAAAAGGAAGAGUGCUGGAGAAACUGCAUCUGCAAGGUGUCAAAGGCAUCAUACAAAUGCAAAGAAAAGAUGAGUGGUAAUG